CGUGAUCGUUGUGAGCGCUUAGUGGAACGCACCCUAUAUUGCUAGUGUUCAUGUAUAACGUACAUAUUAUAUACAAAGGUUAUGUAUGACACGAAUGGAAAAAUUUCAAACUUUAAUAAUCACGAUGCAGCAGUUAAAAGCCGAAUUGUGAGCUGAUAUCUUAUCAGAGUAUAUUUCAUUUCAGUGUUUUGUAUAAGAAAAAGGCAUAGAAAAUUGCAGACCAACAAAAAUGUUCAUCAGAUUAUAUUCACUGUUUGUUCUUGCAUUAGAUCUUAUAACGCUAUCACUUGGGAUAUGUUUUACAAUUUUAGUUUCUUUAUAUCGAACUAUUAGACCACUAUCGUUAAAAAGUCUUAAUGGAGAAAUAGCAAUAGUUGUUGGAGCUGGAAGAGGAGUAGGCAAAGAAAUAGCUAUUCAAUUAAGCCAAUUAGGUGUGACUGUCGCUUGUGUGGAUAUCAAUGCUGAAAAUUGUAAGGCGACUGUACUACGUGCUAUACAAUUAUCGGGCAAUGCAAAAUCAUAUAUUUGUGAUGUGACGAAUGAAGAUCAAGUAACUGCUACGGUAACAAAAAUUGUCUUAGAAAUGGGUGAAAUCACAAUGCUGUUUCAUUGUUGUGGUUUUCCUAGUCCGCAUGCAUUAAUACGAGAUCCACCAAAAAUAAGACAAACAAUUGACAUCUCAGUUCUCAGCCAUUUUUGGUUAUUAGAGUCAGUGUUGCCAAGUAUGAAACGAGCAGAGAGAGGACACAUUGUAGCGUUAUCUUCUGUAGCAGGACUUUCUGCAGGAUUCUCUGGUAUUACAGGUGGUAAAGGAUGUAUUCCUUUAUCUGCUGCACAAUUUGCAAUUCAAGGUCUAGCAGAAUCUUUACAUACAGAAUUAAGACACUCUAAUAGUAAUAUUAUUAUUACUCUAGUUCAUAUAUACCCAUUUGUUGUUGGAGUAGAAUUAGUAAAAGAUAUUCGAUUUAGGAUACCUAGUUAUUUUGGAACAAUGGUUGCUUCAGAAGCAGCUAAAAAAAUUUUAAAUGGUGUUCGUAGAAAUUAUACAGAAUUUAGUAUACCAGGAUACCUGUUAUACAUUGGACUUGCACUUAGAAUGUUGCCAAAGAAAGUUUCUUUCAUGUUAAGAGACUUACUAGAUACUGGAGUUGAUUUUGGAUAAUAGACAAAUAAUUUCUAUAUUGUUCCAACGUACCAUGGCAUAUUUACUUUUUAUUAUUAAUCAAAACAAAUUUAGAUGUAUUUUAUUAUUCUAUUUUUUUAAAUUUACAUAUAUCAUGAAUAUUUGGUACAAUUUAUAAUCAUUUAGACAAAACAUUAGAUUAAAAUGUUCAAUCUUAAUAAUCUUAAACUUGAUAUUUGUUAUCAAGCUUAUGCCUUGGGUAACAAUGAAACAACCUCUCAGUGAGAAUUUGGUUUAAUUCUUAAAUACAAUGUACGUUUUGUAAAAUAUACUCAAUACUCUCU